CCUUUCCCCCCCUUUUCGAAGAUGGGUUGUUUGGGCAACAGUAAGACCGAAGACCAGAGGAAUGAGGAGAAGGCUCAGAGAGAAGCCAACAAGAAGAUCGAGAAGCAGCUCCAGAAAGACAAGCAGAUCUACAGAGCCACACACAGACUGCUGCUUCUGGGAGCUGGAGAGUCGGGAAAGAGCACCAUAGUGAAACAGAUGAGGAUCCUUCAUGUCAACGGCUUCAAUGCAGAAGAGAAAAAGCAGAAAAUUCAGGACAUCAAGAAUAAUAUUAAAGAGGCCAUAGAGACCAUAGUAACAGCUAUGAGCAACCUGACGCCACCUGUGCAGUUGGCCUGUCCAGAGAACCGGUACCGGAUCGAAUACAUCCUCAAUCUCGUCAACCAGAAGGACUUUGAGUUUCCAUCUGAGUUUUAUGAUCACGCCAAGACACUGUGGCAGGAUGAGGGGGUCAGGGCGUGCUUUGAGAGAUCCAACGAGUACCAGCUAAUCGACUGUGCACAGUACUUUCUAGAAAAGAUUGACAUUGUGAAGCAGAACGACUACACUCCAACAGAUCAGGAUUUGCUUCGCUGCAGAGUUCUGACUUCAGGGAUCUUUGAGACAAGAUUCCAAGUGGACAAAGUUAAUUUCCAUAUGUUCGAUGUCGGGGGUCAAAGAGACGAACGCCGGAAAUGGAUUCAAUGCUUUAACGAUGUAACAGCCAUCAUCUUCGUGGUGGCAAGUAGCAGUUACAACAUGGUGAUCAGAGAAGACAAUCAGACCAACCGAUUACAGGAGGCACUCAACCUCUUCAAGAACAUCUGGAACAACAGGUGGCUGCGGACCAUUUCUGUCAUCUUGUUCCUAAAUAAACAGGACCUGCUAGCAGAGAAGGUGCUGGCAGGGAAGUCCAAAAUCGAGGAAUACUUUCCUGAGUUUGCUCGCUACACCACACCUGAUGACGCGACACCAGAGCCUGGAGAAGAUCCACGUGUUACAAGGGCAAAGUACUUCAUAAGAGAUGAAUUCCUGAGGAUCAGCACAGCGAGCGGGGACGGGCGGCACUACUGUUAUCCUCACUUUACCUGCGCCGUCGACACAGAAAACAUCCGCCGCGUCUUCAACGACUGUCGAGACAUCAUCCAGCGGAUGCACCUGCGGCAGUACGAGCUCUUGUGAUGGGAGAGGAAAAGGGUUCGACCAGAAACAAACAAAAAAAAACCUGAGUCUCUGAACUCUCCUCUUCCAUAGAAGUGUGUGAGCUCUUGUGAAGGAACAGGGGCCAAAACACACCCACACAAACAUACACAUAUUUACACAUAAACACACCCUGAACACAGAACUUCUCCUUAUGAAAACUCCCAACCUGCAAUAGACGGAGUUAUUUUGAUGAAGGGGUUUGAGGGGCUGAAGCAUAAUGGAACUUGGAUGUCCACGUUCAGCCAUACUCCUAUCCUCUCUACAUCAUGUAUCACCCCUGUUCCCUUCACCUGUCCAAACACCCUGACUGGCCCAGUCUGGAUUGUAUUUCCUGCAGUGAGGAGAGUUUGAGCUGCAGUUGAGGCUGUACUUCGAGCCGGCAUGAAAACUGAGAGAGCUACUGCUUCCGUGCAACUGGGAAAGAGAAAACUGUUGGAAUUACUACAAAACUAGAGAAUUAACAUGUCACAAAAGAUCAGCUGAACACUGAAUCUAACAGAAAACACAAGCACUGUGCUCAGGACUUGACCGUGUGCACCAAUUGUUCCUAUCCAUGAAUUCAACCACAGGAUCUGCUUGCACACAGAAACUCAUCGCAUUUGCUUUUAUCGGAAUGCACAAUCGCCGUCAAUCCGGAAACGUACUGAUCCCUGCUGACGAGCGGCAGGCUCCCUGACCUGCUGGCGUAGUUUUCCAGCACAGUGCUUUCAAAUUAAACUGAACGAGUGACCGACUGCAGCAGUACCACAGAGUACACGGACCAGGGGUGUGUUGUGAUCAGUCAGGCUGCAGGAGGCACGAGGGACAGACGGCCGACUCCAAUGUGAAUUACUUUUAUGGAGUCUGGACACGGUCGAGGGCGGUGGCGCUCCCUCGACUUCUCCACAGCAUUGUUUAGCCACCUGACUCUGCCUUGUUGCUAGUAGAGCAAAAUGUGAGGAGGAUGUAUUGAGUUGAAAACAAAAAAAGAAAAAUAAACAUCUUUUGUGGAACUUGACAAACGGAGGGCGAAGAUCAUCCUUCCACAGUACAAUACCAUAUAAGUUAAAAAGAACUCUCAUCUCGUCAUGAUUGACCCUGUUUUACUGUCUCCACAGCUGUUUUUGUCUGUGUAGACUUUUGUGCCAUUGUGCCCUGUGCGCUCUUUCUUUCUCUUGAAGCUUUCUGUCUCAGUCAUUCUCUCCUUCUUUUCAACCUCUGCUCUUUCCCCUCUGAGGACUUCACUCUCCUCUCCACUUUCACAUCUUUCCCGACUCCCUCCCCCUCCCCUCCUUUUCACCUCUCUUUUCAGUGCUCUUUUUGUUUUACGACAAAAUAAAAUAUAAUAAUCCUGGAGUAUAAAAAACACGACGAAAACAACAACAAAUGGGACACUAAUGUUUGAUUUUUGUACAACAAUGUGCUCGCACCUCCCUCCCAUUCAUCCAUCUUUCCUCCUUCCUCCCCGACUGCUUGCUACUUUGUAUGUCUGUCUUUACUUUACUGCUAAACUAUUAUUCUUGUACAGACUGUAAAAUGUAUUAUUUUGUACAACUUUAUUGAAAAAAAUUACUUUUAGAAGAUCCCUGUGCCUUGAUCACGACUGUACGUGUGUAAUGAGCUAAAGUGGGUGUCAUACUGCGCUGUAUAGCUUGGCCAAUCCCCCUUCUAACUCCCUGCCUCCCUCGUCACUUCUUUUUCUCUCUCUUUCUUUAUCCCACUCUCUCUAUCUCUGUCUCUCCCCUAUGUUCUCCGUCACUCUCUCCUCUGGGACGGAGGACCACCAUUCGUAGCUUUUGUAGUUUUAUUUCUCUCUCCCUAUCCUCCCAUUCUCUUUAUGAUUUAAAUGUCUAUUUUUGGAUCCAUAUACCCCAAAAAGAUAAAUAUAUGAAAUGUAUAUGGGUUUUAAAAAAAAAAGUAUUUUAUUAGAAUCAAAUGAACCUUGACAAAUUGUACACUUGAUAGUGUGCGUAUUGCUAUAACUUAAAUCCUUUCAACUGAAGUUGUGUUCAGGUUUCUUUUGUUUUCUUCCCAUGACAACUUAGACAUAUAAAAGGGUUCAAAGCCGACAGAUGGAAACCGUUGCUUGUUUCUACAAAAUCUGCAUUCUUUCGCUAGAAAAGGCCAAAACUUUCGAGGAAAUAAUAAGAAAUCUCAGUCUAUUGUCUGACGAGGGGAUCUUUCUCUGUAGCCUUGCACAUCAGAGGUACAGUACUAGCAUCUCAAUCAUUUCAGUGCCCUUGUCUUCAUUUAAUGUGUACAUCAGAUAUGGGUCGCUACUUUCUGAAGGGUAGCUCUAAGAAAUAAAGUUGUUUUUAUUUGGGUGCAAACAGUAACAGGUCUGUCACAACAGUUGUACACUAAGCUAACACCUCGCUCUUACAUGAGCAACAUCUACGCUAGAGGAAGUGGAGUUUCCUGUCCGUUUACCAGCCAUUUCCUCUUCACAGAGCUUGUAUUUAUCGGGACAACCAUGAUGGAUUGAAUGUUCUACUCUGACAGCAGGGCCUCACUGCACAUUGUGUUGAUGCUUGAUGAUGUGGAAAUUCAGGGUGGAAGUUAUUUCAGUAACCUAACAGCUUUUGAAUUUACAGCCUUAAUCUAUAAAAUACAACUCCUGCUAGAUGUUUUUCCUCUGUUUGGGGGGAAUAAAAAGCUGCACUAGACAUCUUGA